AUGUUCUCUACUGCCUUCAAUCUCUUUGACUCAUUCUUCUCUUUAUCUAUAUUUGGUCGUCACUUCAUUACCACAUGAAAUUUUCCUUUUUCGAAAAAAUAUAACCAUUGACUCAUGUGGAAUUAUGAUUCACCCACUGUUUUAUACGGCCUAUUAUUAUGCAAGUACUAAAGAAAUGUUGUAUUUAACAAUACACAAGUGACAUUUUUUUUUUUUUCGAGUAGAAACAAGUUAUGUCAGCUGGUUUCCCAAUUAGUACAGUAUUAAAAUAUUGCUGCUAGAUUUUUAUUACAUUCUCUUUCCCCAUUCUUGAACCCCUUUACCAAUUCCAAGAUAUAACAAAUUAAAUUAAUGGCGGAAGAAGAGAAAUCUGUUCAAGAAGAGCUUUCACUUCCGAUUCUACUUGCUGAUAGAGUAAUCAAAUCUGCCCAAGAAGCCGAAUCAUCCAAAUUUGAAUGCGCCGAGCUCUCCCGUCACGCUGCUCGGCUCAGCCAAUUUCUCCGAUCAACUGUUCGGCUCAGCAGUUCUUCACAAUCCCAGUCACUCUACGACCGGCCCAUCCGCCGGAUAACUUCUGAAGUCACCAAGACUCUUGACCGAGCCCUAAUUCUUGUACGCAAGUGCCGUCACAAGCCGAAUCUCCUCCGCCAUGUUCUUGCCAUCACUUCCACUACUGACUUCCGGAAAGUCUCUAUCCUUCUAGAAAAUUCCAUCGCCGAUGUGACGUGGCUGCUAUCCAUAUUCGACCCGGAUGCUGGCCCGACUCUUUCACUUCCUCCUAUUGCUAGUAACGACCCUAUUGUGGCUUGGGUUUGGUCUUAUAUCGCUACUAUUCAAAUGGGUAAUCUUCAGUACCGAAUUGACGCUGCUCAGGCAUUAGCUACCCUAGCUCUCGAUAAUGACCGCAACAAGAAAAUGAUUGUGGAAGAGAAUGGUAUUCCGCCUUUGUUGAAGCUACUGAAGGAAAGCAGUUCAGCAGAAGCACAAAUUGCUGCGGCUACUGCUUUGUACAACUUGGCUGAUGAUGAGGAAAGAGUGAGGGCCAUAGCAAAUGAUCUUGGUGUUCAAAUUAUUGUCAAGGUGCUUGCGGAAUCGCCCAUGAGAGUUCAAAUUCACGUUGCGAAUUUGGUCUCGAGAAUGGCUGAGUUGGACUUGUAUGCCCAGGAAGAAUUUGGGAGGGAGAAUAUAACGAGGCCCUUGGUGAUUCAUCUGGGAAUGGAUGUAGUUCUAGAUGAACCCAAAGACCCACAGCCCCGUAAGACUCCUAGUUUACAUUCUUUAGUUCAAAUAAAUAAGGAGAUGGUCAAGAAUAAUUUUAGUUUACAUUCUAAUUCUAUGGAUGGGAGUAGUAGGGGUGGGCAUUACGGUAAUAAGAAGGAGAAAGAUAGGGAAUUGGAACCCCCUGAGGUGAAAUCUAGGCUUAAGGUAAGUUGUGCAAUGGCACUGUGGAAAUUGGCUAAAGGUAGUUUGUUGAAUAGCAGGAAGAUUACUGAGACUAAAGCUUUGCUUUGUUUGGCAAAGAUUAUUGAGAAGGAGAAGGGGGAAUUGCAGAUAAAUUGCCUGAUGACAGUGAUGGAAUUGGCUGCAGUGGCAGAGUCUAAUGCUGAACUUAGACGAGUGGCAUUCAAGCCUACUUCACCUGCUGGAAAAGCGGUUAUUGAUCAGUUGUUGAGGGUGAUAAAUGAGGAAACCUAUGCUCCAUUGGUGAUUCUGGCUAUUAAGGCGAUUGGGUCGUUGGCUAGGACAUUUCCUGCUAAGGACACGAGAAUCGUCGAGCAUGUAGUGGCUAAACUUGAGCAUAGAAAUGCUGAUGUUGCCUUGGAAGCAUGUAUUGCUUUGGGGAAAUUUGCAUGUCCGGACAAUUUUAAUUGCGUGGAGCACUCAAAGGCAAUUAUUGAAUUUGAUGGAGUACCAAAGCUGAUUAAUUUGCUGAGGUAUGACCGAGGGCAGUUGCACGAGCUUCAACUGCUCUGCUACCUUGCUUUGCACGUUGGUAAUAGUAAGGCCCUCGAGCAAGCAAGAGCGCUGAGCAUCCUUGAAGGUGCUGCUCGUCAUGUAUCUGCUCAGCAUCCUGAUUUGAGGGAGUUGUUUGCCAAGGCGAUCCACCAUCUUACUCUUUAUCAAAUUGGAGGUCAUAUGCAUAGACAGGCUUAGUGCUUCAUUGUUUGGAUUCAUAUCCAAGCAGAAUGUCCUUAGCACUCCAUGCUUCUUAAUUAAUCAGGUUCAGCUAUUGUUCUUUUACUGGCAGGCUAUUUGUAAGGUGACCCAAAUUUUGAUCCUCCUCUACUUUUUAAACUGAAACUGUUCUGAACACUUUUAUGCUAAACUCUAUACCAUGAUCUUCAUACAAAAAUCAUUUUGCUCGUGUCAAAUUGUGUCUAAUAAUACUUAACCUAUGUGGUAUUGCAUUAACUUCUGAAACUAAGAUGUUCUCAUAUUAAAAUAUCCCUCGGAGUGCCAUGUGGUAGAAAAUGGAUCCAGUUUCUAAUAUGUCUGUUGCUUCUGAUAGACCCGUAGAGGGAGCAGGCGAAGCGUGUCGUUCGGGCUGAAAAGGAGAGUUUUUGAACCAUGUUUGCAAAACAUAAAUAUGGCAGCAAAAGUGUAAAAGACAAAGCAAGGAAGUAACAAAUAGUAACAUAUAUUGAAGAAUAAGAGAAUACGAGACUAUUAAAUACUAAUACUGAGAAGCAGAGAGGAGGCUCGCCCCUCCUCUUUUCUAUCUUGCAUCUAUAGUAUUUUUGCCCUGGUGGAUUUCUUUCUCAGUUAAUAAAUCCCACUCCCACAAUGACGAUGAUUGAUUUGAUCGAUUGAUGCAGAGUAUUGCACUUCAUUGUAAUAUACAGUUACACAAUGUGUUUUUAUUGUAGAAGAGGCAAUCAGCAUGUCUAAUUAUUUCUACAUUCUUUUUUGAUA